GUGGCCAUUUCAUUGCAUUACGCUUCGUUUUCUAGGGCUUUCUGUCUACGAACCUCUCCCUGUGGACGCACACCCACUCCUUGCUCUUCUUCCUCCACGCCAAUCUCGUCACCUCUUCGGCGUCUCCCCGCCCCUGGCCGACGCCGCUCCGCCUGCUCUCCGCUCCCUUGUUCAAAUUUCAAAUUUAGCCUCCAGGCGCUUUCAUUUGACGUUUUACUCGCUCCCUUCGGUGCGGUCCCGCGUAUGCACGGUGUAUUUUCCCAACUGCGCGUUAGUAAUCUCCUGUGUCGGGGCGCAUUAAGGCAAUUCGAUGCGGUUUGGACGAUGACAUGGUUGCAUGGAUGAGUUCUCAGGAAGUACAAACUUGCGGGAAACCUCUGGAUACUCUUAUUGAGAGGGUGCUAUGUACGAACAUAUUGUCGUCAGAUUACUUCAAAGAGCUCUUCAGCCUGAAGACAUACCUUGAGAUCGUAGACGAGAUUUAUAAUCAUGUAGAUCACGUUGAGCCAUGGAUGACUGGGAAUUGCCGGGGCCCAUCUACUGCGUUUUGUUUACUCUACAAGCUUUUUACGAUGAAAUUCACUGUGAAGCAGAUGCAAGAUAUCCUGGAUCAUCCAGAUUCUCCUUAUAUUCGUGCCCUAGGGUUUUUGUACCUAAGGUACGUUGGAGACCCGAAGACUCUGUGGGAUUGGUUUGAACCAUAUGUUGAGGAUACAGAAGAAUUUUCUCCUGGUUCCAACGGCAAAAUGACUACCAUGGGUGUAUAUGUUCGGGAUAUAAUUUUGAAUCAGUAUUAUUUUGACACCCUUUUCCCUCGCAUACCUGUGCCUAUUCUACGACAAAUUACUGCUUGUCUUGAACGUAUGAAGCUUCCAACCCAACCCUCGGGAAUCACUGGGAACAGUAGUCGGCAUGGUGCAGACGAAACAGCUAGAAGACCGCCCUCGGUUAAGGCAGCCUUAUCUGUGUCUUUCGGGCAGCGGGCUCCUCACCGGGCAUUUACUCGAGAUGCUUCUCCUGUUCGCCGAAUUGCUCCUGUUCGGGAGGCAGCAGGUGCGGACGGCGUAAGGGAUAAAAAUGGGGAUUAUGGUCGUGACAAAAGGAGCUCUCGGGAUAGGGAAAGGCGUGACAGCGAAGCUCGGGAUCGUGGCCGCGCUGGGGAGCAGGAGAAGGACAGGGCCAGCGAAAGAGAGAGAGAAAGAAGUAGAGAUUACGAUCGUGAAGGGAGUCGUGGAAGGGUUCGAGAUGACAGGGAUAGAGACGAUGAUCGAGAUUAUUCCAGAUACAGGGACGUGGACAGAAAUCGAGACAGUGAACGCGACAGAGCAAGGACUAGAGAUAGAGGAUGGGAGAGGGAUGAUGACAGGUCCAGGGACAGGAGGAGAGACCGAAGCCCUGAUAGGAGUCGGGCAAGAGAACGAAGGUAUGACGGUGAUCGGCGACGAAGUCGUAGUCGCAGCCCUGCUCAUCACAACAGAGGGGCAGAUCGCGACAGAUCAAGAAGUCCUGGAAGAGCUGCUCCAGCGUCUAAUAACCUCAAGAAGUUGCUGGAUGUCUAUGGAGAUGCCAGCCACACAAAGACCCAGCCUGUCAGUUGCGUCUUGGCCUUUUUCGCCCUUUUCAGUUGCUGCGCACGAGAUUUUAGGUAGCCGCAGAAAGAUUAGCUUUCAUAGUGGAUGAAGCAUUGACGGGAUGGUGUGUGGGGUUUCAAGUACCACCAGCAUCAUCGGUGUGGUGAGUGUUUCUUAUUUUCAAUUCUUUUCUUUGGUAUUUGGGUCAUGUGAUUGUGGGUGGUCCGCGUGUGGUAUAUGGGGCUGAUUUGACGAGUACAAUCUGCUCGUUGUGUUUCAAUGGAACUUUAUGGACGUAGAAAUAGGAGUGCUGGGUUGUCUUAAUGGUUUUCAUUGGAACUAAUGCAAGUUUCAUUGUUUCUUGUUUCAUUCGGUCUAUUCUUCAACAAACUGGAUGAAUUUAUCGAGCUUUGGUUCUACCGAAGGCAAGUAGGACCUUAUCCAGUGACCCGAAUGUACUAAAAUGGAGGAGGUAGCUCCUGGUAGAUCUUGUGCCUUUGUACAUAUGUUGCCUGUAAUGGUGGCUUCAGUUGUCACACUUGAUAAUGGUAAGUCGUUAUAUUUAGCUCGUUUUUGUGACACUAAUCAUCUGAAGUUUCCACUAUGCCUCCAGUGAAGAGACGCCUCAAGGGCUCGUAUCAAUUCCAGUAUCAGCUUGUCAUGGACGUUUGUCUUUCAUGGAGCAACUGGAGAUUCCUUUUAAGCUAUGCUAUGAUGCACCUACCGUUGUGCAUGUCUGUAACACGGUAAUAAAGUCUGGAUCUUACUGUCACCAUUACAUGUAA